AUGAUUCCAAGCAUGCUACGUAAGCAGGUUACCCAGGUCUCUAUGAUGACCGAUUCUCUGGACGGUGAAGUAUCAACUGGCUGUGUUCCGCAUAUAAAAAAGGAGUUAGAUGGAUUUCACGAAUGUUCGCCGUCGAAUAGUGAAAUGUAUUCGUCGCCGACAACGACAACGGUCUUAAACGACAGUAGUAUUAAGUCUUCAAAAAGCGAGGUGGAUUUUCACGAAAAAAAUUACGAUAGAAAUAUUAGAUCUCCAACAAGCCCCGAACGACAGUAUUGCUCUUCAACCACCCAACCUCAUAAUGACUCAGGUUUAGAACUUAUAGAAGGUGAUAUUAAGGAAGAAGACUCCCCUAGGAGACUGUGUCUCGUUUGCGGGGACGUUGCUUCAGGAUUUCAUUAUGGAGUAGCUUCCUGCGAGGCCUGCAAAGCAUUUUUCAAAAGGACUAUUCAGGGAAAUAUUGAAUACACAUGCCCGGCCUCCGGCGAAUGUGAAAUAAACAAACGAAGGCGGAAAGCCUGUCAGGCUUGUAGGUUUAGGAAAUGCCUGAGAUCGGGAAUGUUAAAAGAAGGCGUCAGAUUAGAUAGGGUUAGAGGCGGGAGGCAAAAGUAUCGUAGGAAUCCCGAUAGUCCAUACCAAGUACAAGUAGUGACUGCACAAAGGCCCAUGCUUCUUUUAGAAGAUAUAAAAAUGCUCGAAGCGCUAAUAGGCUGUGAACCCGAUCCGCUCGAAAGCAACAAAGCGUUGGAGAGCUCGAAGCACCGAGUGUUGUCCAUACUCAGCGACCUCUAUGACCGCGAGCUGGUCGGCAUCAUCGGCUGGGCCAAACAGAUUCCUGGUUUCACCGACCUCACGCUCAACGAUCAAAUGCGAUUGCUGCAGAGUACCUGGGCCGAGAUCCUGACGCUGACUUUGGCGUUCAGGAGCCUUCCGUUGAUCGGCAUGGGCAGGUUGCAGUUCGCCAUGGACUUCACUUUGGACGAGAAGUCGUCUAGGGAUUGUGGGUCUUUGGAGUUGUAUCAGACGUGUUGCCAUGUAGUGGAAAGGUUAGAUAAGUUGUCCAUAUUAAAAGAAGAAUAUUAUUUAUUAAAAGCCCUAGUUCUCACAAAUUCCGAUGUUAAGAUAGAGGAAUAUCAGUCGCUCAAAAAGUUCAGGGAUUCAAUUCUGGCAUCCCUGUCGGAUACAGUCGGGAUCCUACGACCUAUGGCUGUGGUGAGCCACGUUCAGCAGCUCCUUCUUUGUCUGCCGGCUCUUAGGCAGGCCAACCACGUAAUCCGAAGAUUUUGGUCAGACGUCCAUCAAAGGGAAUUAGUACACAUGAACAAACUAUUUUUGGAAAUGCUGGAAGCGUAUUGUCGGUAG